AUGGCCGACCUCACCAGCCAGGAGAUCUACGAUCUCCCAAUCCACUACCGCUCCAUCACCAUGUUCAUCGGCUACCUCUCCCUUAUCAUUCUCUUCACGCUCAUCAUCGGCCGCACGAUCGUGUCGCGCUUCCUCGCGCGCCAAAAGAACAACGACUGGGCACACCCUCGGCGCCGCGGGCAAUUCCAUCUCUUUACAUGUCUCACAAUCGCCAGCAUCGGCUCGACGUGGUACCACAUGAUUUCGCUCUUUUUUUAUUCGUAUAAUACGUGGGCGAGCGGGCCAGAGGGCCAGCUGUAUUCCGGCGCGGCGGUUCCGCUGUUUACGAGGUUGGGCCUGUGGUUGAAUAAAACUUAUAUCUUUCAAGAAGCGUGGGAGACGGUGUCGGAAAACCCGGAGAGGGUUUGGUGGAGUGGGCAGAUUUUCGGGUGGACGAUUGGCUGGAGUCUUUUGCUGGGGAUUACAGGUCGAAGAUACCACAUCCCGCACGUGUGGAUCUACAUGCUCGUCGCGCAAGCCGUCAGCGUCUCCUUCGCAGCGAACCUCUUCUUCAUGGCAAUCACCGCCUCGUCGCGGCCGAGACCCACGGACCCUCUGUACACAUGGCGUCCAUCGCUCAUCUGGGAAUUCAUCCCCGUAUCGCUCUCCAUCCUCGACACGCUCGCGGUGCCUAUUUUCGCGUACGAGAAGGGAUUCAUGCUCAUCCUUCUCGCACCGCAUUUCCUCGUUUUCAUCCCAUGUAUCCUGGGCCCGCGACGCUCGUCGCUUUCGUCAAAAGCCAAAACCAGCGACACGCAGCAGCUCGAGGAAGGCUACCGCACAACACGCCGCUACGCCACAUCCAUCAAAUGGGUGGGCGUCGCAUCUGUGGCGCUGCAGGGGUAUCUGACCUACCUCGUGGUAGAAGAUUUCGGGCCCGAGGUGUCGUAUGGCGAGAUUGUGAGGGAGGUCCUGGCGACGGUGUAUGCGCAUCCGGCGUGUAGUAGUGUGAGUUGGGAUGUUAUCAUGUGUACUAUUAGUGGGAUCGCUUGGGCGGUUGUGCAUGGGUUUGAUGAGGGGGCGAUGCUGGGCGGGUUGUAA